AUGGAUAUCCUCAAGGUUUUAUCCCGUGGAACUAAAAAGACACAAAAGAACAGCCAAAACUCUAGCAAUUCUCAGCAGAAGCUGCCCUCGGCUGGCACAUCUACAAACCCCCAGCUCUACCAUGAUCAGGUGCGCGGCCAGAAGCGAAAGCGAACAAAGAAUGAGCCCGAACCCGAAGCUCACCAUGAGCUCCCCGAAGUCGACUUCUUUGCCCCCAAGCCAGAGCCUGUAGUCAAGGCAGCUGUUGAGACGGAGGAGCCCGUUCAAGUACCGAAACCUACACGGCCGUCUCGAUUGUUGAGUGAGGACGAGUGUCGCCAGCUGCUACGAUCGCAUCGAUUAAAGAUCACUCUACUCUCAAAGACAGAGGAUCAGUCCAAGGUCAAGAAGAGCAAGAAAAAGAAGAAGGCGGCUGUCGAAGUGAAGAAAGAUGGAAAGAAGCAGCUCUUUCCACAGCCUUUGGACUCCUUUGGCGAGCUGCGCAAUGCCUACGGUCUCUCAAACAAGGUCGCCGAUAAUCUUGUAUUCCAGGGAUACCGAGUUCCUACUGAAGUUCAGAUGGGCAGUCUUCCUCUUCUCGUACACCCCCAGGCUGCCCUGAAAGAUGAAGAUGGACUAGAAGCAGGAGUCGAUUUCCUCGCAAUCGCCCCGACAGGAAGCGGAAAGACUAUCAGUUUCUUGGUUCCCGCUAUCAACAAUAUCUUGCGCCGGCGCUCGCAGCAAAGCCUCGACGAUAUUCACGAACUCGAGGCGAUUAUUGUUGCACCAACUCGAGAGCUGGUGCAUCAGAUCGUUAGCGAAGGACAGAAGCUUGCUCAUGGAACUCGGCUGAAGGUCGUCUCGAUGAAGAAGCGCACACAACUUUCAGCCGAGCAAGUGGAUAUGGCGGAAGAUGGCUCUGAGGAUGAAGAGGACAAGGAGUCAGAUUCUGAGGAUGAAGAUGAGAGCAAGGGAGACGACAAGCCCAAGCAAAUCACAAAGGCUGACAUUCUGGUCACCACACCCUUCCUCCUACUAAAGUUUCUUACUUCGGGACCUCCAAGCACACAAAAGGUUCUGCCUACUGUGAGAGACUUGAUAUUGGAUGAGGCGGAUGUCUUGCUAGAUCCUCUUUUCCGAGAUGCCAUGAUGUCUGACUGGACAGCAUGUACAAACCCCGACCUGAGGGUGUCAUUUUGGUCUGCUACCAUGGGCUCAAACAUUGAGUCUAUGGUUACGGAGAAGCUGACUUCAAGAGCACAGUCGCUGGGUAUCACACCGAAGCCCUUUGUGCGACUAGUCGUCGGUCUCAAGGAUACUGCUGUUCCAAACAUUGCUCACAAGCUUAUCUACACUGCGACUGAGCAAGGUAAACUACUGGCAUUGCGACAGCUGCUACAUCCUACGGCUGCUGAUGAUUCGGGCCCUCCUCUCCGGCCUCCGUUCUUGGUCUUUACGCAAACAAUUGACCGAGCAACUGCUCUGCACGAGGAGCUACAAUACGACAUUCCUCUAGAGGCUGGAGGUGCAGCAAGAAUAGCUGCCCUUCACAGUGGUCUCACAGACUCUGCUCGAUCUUCCAUCAUGCGCAAGUUCCGUGCUGGAGACAUCUGGGUUCUGAUCACAACAGAUGUGUUGGCACGAGGUGUAGACUUUGCCGGAGUCAACGGUGUUGUCAACUACGAUGUCCCCGGCUCCAGCGCGGGCUACGUCCAUCGCGCAGGACGAACAGGCCGAGCAGGUCGCGAAGGUGGUGUGGCGGUCACAUUCUACACCAAGGAGGACAUUCCCUUCGUCAAGAUGGUCGCCAAUGUUAUCGCUGCAAGCGAGAAGCAGGCUGGCAAAACAGGAGAUGAGGCCGGGGUGCAGAAGUGGCUCCUAGAUGCUCUCCCUAAUGUCGGCAAGGCAGACCGCAAGAAGCUCAAGGAGCGAGGUGUGGAAGCGCGCCGGAGUGGAAAUAAGGCCAAGAUCACGUCCAAGAGCGGGUAUGAGAGACGAAAGGAGAACAACCGCCGCGGUGCUAUUGAGGGUAGCAAGAAGAGGAAAUUACAGGCGAAUGAGGACAGUGGUGAUGAUGGUGAAUGGGGUGGUUUCGAUGACUAG